AAAGAACUCACUUCUACGAAAACCCACUGCCUGCCCCAACCAACCUCCCGAGUCCCGACUAAGCAAUUAUCAGCAUCACCCAUCUUUAGAAACACACAUCAAUGGAGUUUUUCAACAAAGCCAAAACCGUUCGACUCAGGAGCCACCUGGGCAAGUACCUAAUCGCCGACAAAGACGAAGAAACAGUCCGGCAAACCCACAACAAUGGCUCCUCCCGACGAGCCUGGUGGACGGUUGAGCUCGUGGAGGGUAAGAGCCACGUCAUCCGCCUCAGAAGCUUUAACGGCAAGUACCUCACCGCCUCCGACGACCCCUUUCUACUGGGCAUGACCGGAAAGAAGGUACUGCUCCGGGAAGCUAGUCCCUGUAAUACGACGUCGCCGAUGGCUAGAAACGACACUGCGUUUGAGUGGGAACCCAGAACGGAGGGGUUCCAGCAGAUCAAGCUGAAGAGUGUAAAGGGAAGGAAAUACUUGCGGGCCAAUGGUGGCACGCCACCGUGGAGGAACACCGUAACUCACGAUGUACCUUACCGCACAGCCACUCAAAGUUGGAUUCUUUGGAGUGUGGAGGAGGUUGAUAAGGAUCACGAAGUGGAUCACGUGAGUGCGGAAGAGGAAGAGGAGAUUGAUUCUGUGAGUUGUCGUAAUUUGUCUGCGACGUCGUCGUUUUUGGAUCGGUCGAAGAAUAGUAGUUGUUCCACUAGUAAUCGAUCAGUUUCAAUGGGACCAAUGAUUGGAAUAUAACGAGAGAGGAAGUGUGAUGAAAUUGUCAAACUUCGAAAAGUCUUGAUAGUCAAUAUUUUUAUGCUACGAAUAUGGUGAUUGAUUCAUUUUUGUAAUUAAUUAUAGUGGUACUUUUUUUUAUGUAUUAUUUGUUGAUUUUUUUUAAUUUACUUUCUGAGAGAAGUACUUGUGUAUAUAGACUUUUCUAAAAUAAGUGUGCAAAUUAUCAAUAGACUGUUUCAAUAUUUGUUGGUAUAAUAAUAUAUUGGGUAAUUAGCUGUUAAAGUUGAAAUUCCGUAUCUUAUUAUUACCAACAAUUUAAUUAAA